CAUGUUUUAAAUAUGUUACAUUCAGUCUAGUUUUAAUUCUUCAUAUGUUUGUUUUCUUCCUUUCCGUCUGUUUAUUAUUUCCAGCAGGAGCAUAGCAGGAAGAGGGCGGGUCCAGCAGAUAUGGGACAGAGGGCAUGGCAUGGAUGACAGCUGCAUCACUCGGGCUAUUUCUCUUUGUAAGACAGUUGUCAGCAGCUUCUCCUAUAGCUGGAGGAAGAGAAGAGAGCUUGCUGAAGUCCAGAUUCAGCUGGGUCUGCCAGCUCACCACCUCAUCACAGAGUCAGUCACACGCUGGGGAUCACGACAGCAAAUGAUUGAGCAUUUCCUGGAGCAGGAGGGGGCGAUCACAAAAGUUCUGUCUGCUAAUAAAAAGUCCAGGCAUCUCGUUCCUACAUGGCAGAACAUUGAAGUCCUGGAGGCAAUACAGAAGGCUCUGAAACUCCUUCAGGACUUCACAGACGCGCUCUCCGGUGAGGAGUACGUCACCAUCUCAUAUGUCAGACCUGUUCUGCACCUUUUUAACGCAAGUCUCCUGGCACAUAAAGAUGACGAUAGUGAGCUGUGCAAAUCAAUCAAAACCUGCAUAGUUGAUUACCUCAAUGCCAAGUAUGCUGACCCAGCAACUUGGACAUGGCCUCACUUUUGGACCCACGGUUCAGAGACAAAUACAUACCAAGUAAAAAAGAUCAAUGCAGUAAAAAACCAAGCUGUCUUAGAGGCAGAAUCUCUCCAGACUGAUCAAGGCAGCUAUCAGCCUGACACAGCUGAGCACAUGGUGCCUGUGCCACUGCCUACAGACCAAGUAAUAAUGCCACCAACAGCAAAGAAGAAGAAGUCACUGGCAAGCUUCUUCAAGCAGAGUACAGGCAUAACAAGGAGGGAGUUAAUUGAAAAAUAACUUUCCAGCUACUUGCAGUCAGAUAAUGUAGAGAGUGACACUGAUCCUCUUAAAUGGUGGAAGGAGCAUGAGACAAUCCUUCCAGCACUGAGCCACCUGGCAAAGAAAUAUAUUUUAGUACCAGCCACCAGUUCACCUUCUGAAAGGGUUUUUUGCAGUGGCAACAUUGUAACUUGCCAUAGGGCCUCCCUUAAGCCUGAAACUGUUGAUAUGCUAGUUUUUCUUGCACAAAACCUGUAGGAGGUAAAUCCUACAUCACGUUCUGUUUAAAAUACUUUGUUAUGAUCUGAGUGAUC